AAAACGACUUCAGUAGGUAACAAGCAGUGAGCCUUGGCAACAGCAUCCUUGCCCAGCUCAUGAGCAUUUAAGGAAAUUCUGGGACCUAACAUCCUUGGGGACUCCAGGCCAAGUCCAGCUGUCUGUCCGGAAGAAAGGAAGCAUUAGAGUGAAUGAAGUUAACCCAAGGAGCCUCUGAGUUCCACAGGACUAGGAAGGAGAAGCCAAGACUCAAACAGACAUCCAUACUGCUGCAAGCAGAUGCACAUAGGAAUCUGGGUGGGCUUUGCUCCAACCUCAAUGGCUAAAACCCCAACUUUGGUAGCACUAGCCAUUUGCCUGACUUGCCUCUUCUCAAGCGCCUGCAGUCAGACACCAAGGAACGUCAAGGAGAGCUCAGUUCCAUUUAAGGUUCUACGCCAGGAGCCGGUUUACAGUCUUGUCCAAUCGAGCUUGUUCCAGGAUGCCAGAGCCGCCUCCAACCAGUCGGAUGACACUCCCGAGAAUGUCCCGUCACAGUUACCCCUCCCAACCACAUGCAUAAAGCCUGCUGAAAUCAGACACAUCUUCAAGUACAUCAACACUAUUGUGUCCUGCACCAUCUUCAUCGUGGGCAUUAUUGGCAACUCCACCCUGCUGAGGAUCAUUUACAAGAACAAAUGCAUGAGGAACGGGCCCAAUGUCCUCAUUGCGAGCUUGGCUCUUGGAGACCUUCUCUACAUCCUCAUAGCUCUUCCCAUCAACAUGUACAAGCUUCUCGCAGAAGACUGGCCAUUUGGCGUUCAGGUGUGCAAGCUGGUUCCCUUCAUUCAGAAGGCAUCUGUGGGCAUCACCGUCCUCAGCCUCUGUGCGCUCAGCAUAGACAGGUACCGGGCGGUGGCCUCCUGGAGCCGGAUCCAGGGCAUAGGGAUCCCCAUGUGGAAGACAGUUGAGGUGAUGCUGAUCUGGGCUGUAGCUAUUGUCCUGGCCAUCCCUGAAGCCAUAGCUUUUGACAUAGUCGAGCUGAACUACCGUGAGCAGCUCCUGUGGGUCUGCAUGCUGUCCUCUGAACAGAACUCCAGAUUCAUCAUGUUCUACAAGGAUGUGAAGGACUGGUGGCUUUUUGGCUUCUAUUUCUGCCUGCCUCUGGCAUGCACUGGUGUCUUCUACACCCUCAUGUCCUGCGAGAUGCUGAGCAAGAGGAAUGGCAUGAGAAUUGCCCUCAAUGACCACAUGAAGCGGCGCCGGGAGGUUGCCAAGACAGUGUUCUGCCUGGUGGUGAUCUUCGCUCUCUGUUGGCUGCCUCUCCACCUCAGUAGGAUCCUGAAGAAGACCAUCUAUGACCAGACUGAUCCCUACAGAUGUGAACUGCUGAGUUUCCUCCUGGUGAUUGACUACUUUGGUAUCAACAUGGCCUCCCUGAACUCCUGCAUCAACCCUGUAGCUCUCUACUUUGUCAGCCGAAAAUUCAAGAACUGCUUUCAGUCCUGUCUGUGCUGCUGGUGCCAGAGACCAGCCUUGAGCAGCGUGCCAACAGAUGACAAGGGGUCUGUUGGGAAGUGGAAAGCCAACGGGCAGGACCUCGGGCUGGACCGAAGCAGCUCCCACUUGAGUAACAAGUAUAGCUCUUCCUAAAGGACCAUAAAUCAAUUGGAGAGCACACUGCGAGAGCUGAAAGGAGCCAUCCAUCCUAUUCACACAAUCAUUUCCUGGCUGGCUCUGAGUCACUUGCUUUCCUUUCACAGACCCAUUGGAAAAUGCAGCUGCAUUUCAUUUACCAUUGAACCAGCCACCUCCAGGGGCCUCGGAAACCUCACUUCUCAUCUGUUCCUUUCAAAUCAUCUUUUUUGUUUUCCUCAAAGGAUGUUUUGGGUUUUAAACCCUACUGGAGAAGCCAGAUGACCCAUAGUGCCCUCUGUCUCCAGACAGAAAGGCCACCAGAUGGGGCGGGAGUAGGAGGGAAUGGUGCUGUGAGUGAUAUCGCAUUUAAACAGACAAGGGACAGCACCACUGGAGGUGAAUUUUGACCCACCAAGUUGAUACAUUAAGAAGCCACGAUGAAACCAAAGCAACUGCCUCACAAGCCCACUGCCUUCUACUCUUUGCUGCUGGGACGCCAUCGCUAGGGGGAAAUUCACCCUGGGCAGACAGGCAGCAGAAGAACAAGGCACCAUUUCAGUCCUAAUGAAAUCCAGAGGAUACGUGGGAAUUGCACAGCUCUCUUCCCAGAGGUGAAUUUCACCCAGCAUGUUUAUACUGUGACAGUACCGUGGUGUAUAUAGAAUAGAGCUGCUUAGGGCUUGUAAUAUUCUUAGUAGUAAUGAGGUUAAGAAAAUAUUCCUUAUUUGCAAUUGUAGCAUACACCGAAAAGGGCUGCUGUCGCUUCUCCCCUUUCCUUUCUGGUAGCUUCUUCAUAGUGAGAGCCCUGCCUGGUGUUCAUAACAUGAAGCACAGGAGUGGCAGUGUUGGCUAGAGUUCAGGAGGGUCCAAACUGGCCACUGUUGGUGUGCUCAUCUACUCCAUAGCUUCGCCAGCUCGUCCUUCAUUGCUGUCUGCAGCACUCCGCAUUACCCCAGUCCUGGCCCUCUUCUGAACAGGAACGAUCAGCUGUGUGGGGGUUGUGCUAUAGGCAGAUGCCAGCACGCGCGCUGCACGUGUCACUAGGUUAGGAGAUGAACUAGAGGUGAAAGGGAAUCCUGUGUCACCCAGUGACUAGGUAUGAACAAUGGUUGCACCGGUAGCUACAGCAGCAAAGUCUGGCCGAGCUCCAGAGAGGCCUGCUAGAUCAUUGAAGAGCAGGUUAGACAGACACCUGUCAGGGAUGAUCUAGACAGUGCUUGGUCCUGCCUUGAAGGCAGAGGACUGGACUCGAUGCCCUCUCGAGGUCCCUUCCAGUUCUCGUGUUAUAUGAGUCUAUGAUCAUCUGUCUGGUCUCCUGGAUAUUACAAGCCAGAAAAUGCCAUCCAGUUCCUCUUGGCUUGAGCCCCAUGACUUGUGCUUGACUCAGUCCUCUGUAGCAGCAAGACCAGUCUUGGUCUGAAGGCAUGAAGAGACGGGAGAGCCACUGCUUGCCUUGGUGGCCUGUUUGUGUGGGUCUUGAAACUCAGGGACACGGUUCAGAGACCUCUAGAUAAAACCUCAGGUGCUGCAAGAGGUGGUACUGGAAAUUCCUUAGGACAUGCUGGUCCUACCCUAGCAGCAUUGAAACAAGGCUCCAGCACGGUGCUGCUGGCAUUGCCAUUUGGCAGACUAGCAAUAAAUCUUCUCCUAGGCUCAUCACUCUGGCUAGGUCUACAUUGCAUCCCUCUUGCACAAAAGCCUAUGCAAAUGAAGGAUGGAUUAGCAUAUUGCCAUGCUUCAUUUGUAUAAUUAAU